AUGGCAGAAGGUGAAGCAAAGGAAAAAACGCCUUACAUUAACGAGACUCUCCCAGAACGCUAUUGUGAAUGCUGGGAAAGCGAGGACGAGGACGAACCGGGCGACCCUGACUGCGGCUGUGGCGAGGAGCGUGAAAUUGUUGACUGGCGCUGGAAGUUGCCGCGGAAGUCCCCCAGGUGGGCUGACUUAUUCGAGGACGGAAAGCUCGUCGUGUUCCAUCCCCUUUUCAGUUCUGGAUCUGCUACCGUCAGGGGAAACAUUGUUUUAAAACGGAACUAUAAUUAUUACUGGGAGGUGAAGAUGAUGACCCAUCCUUAUGGCACAGAUGUAAUGGUCGGUGUUGGCACUCGAAACAUUCCAGAAACUGUACGUGAUUAUACCUCAUGUAUUGGUAAUAGCCACGACUCUUAUGGCUUAUCAUACACCGGAGCCAUAUGCCAAAACAAAGAAGUUGUUGAUGAUUGCCCUGGAUUCUGCAAGGGAACCAUCAUUGGUGUGAUGGUGGACAUGUUUCGUGGUACACUGGAAUUUUAUCUCAACCGUGAACCCCAAGGAGUCACCUUUACAGACCUCCUACGCCACAAGACACUGUACCCAGUGGUGAGCUCAACAGCCGCAUUGUCAGCUCUUAGACUGACAUAUGCUUCAUCUUGGGAGUCCUCCCUGAUGGUCAAUUCUGCAAGGAUGCUUGCUGCUUCUGAGUCAGGAUUGAAGUUUUUAGAAAACAUGCCACCAGGUCUCGUUUCAACGAUGGAUGAACACUUUUGGCUUGUAAUGCUGAGUGCCGGCAGAGUGGAGCCCCGCCCAAUCAGAAAACGGGUCAGAGAGUGUAGAAGAUUCUAG